AAACGAAAUGAACAAAUAAUGAUUCAACUGAUGCUUGUCCGUUAUAUCAAUGCAUCUGCUCCAGUGAGUUUUAUAUUAUCUGUCAAACAACGUCUUUGUAUAAGCACGAACAGGAAACUGUAUAGAAAUACAUUCUAAACAAGAUAAAAAGAGUCAUUGAGAACAAUAAUUUGUAAAUUUCUGAUCAGUUAAUGAAGGAAGUUUUAAUCAAAAAUUUUUAAUUCUUUUAUUUUUGACACAGCUUCUUUCGGAGUGAGAUUAAAGAUUUUUAAUAUUUUUUCAUAUAAAAGAAAAAGCAGUGUACAUCAAAUACCAGUGCCAGUGACAAAUGUGUUGAUCUGGACGUCAUGUUAAACGCGUACAUUUUUUUAACAGCGAUAAUGAACAGCGAUAUCACAUCCAAUAAAUAUGGCGAUCUUGUAAUUUUAACGUGAACCAGAAAGGAGUGACGAAAUCUGACGACGACGAACAAAAGGAAAGAAGAUAUUGAAAAAUAAAAUAAAACAAGAUUAAAAGAAAAGAAAUCUCAUUCCUUUUUUAUCUUCAGUUUAACUCAUUGUUUUAUAUAUUUAUAUUAAUUCAUUGAGUUCAUCUCUUCUGGAUUUAAAUCUAAGAUACUUGAGACUGAGAUUUAUUGUAGGACCAAAGAAGAAGAUAAUUCUCAAUAGAAAUGGCCCGAGAGUACGACCAUUUGUUUAAGCUGCUUAUCAUUGGAGAUAGUGGAGUUGGUAAAAGCUCAUUACUUCUUAGAUUUGCGGACAACACAUUUAAUGGCAGUUAUAUCACAACAAUAGGAGUUGAUUUUAAAAUAAGAACUGUAGUUGUUGAUGGAGAACGUGUAAAAUUACAAAUUUGGGAUACCGCAGGACAAGAAAGAUUCCGAACGAUAACAUCAACGUAUUACAGAGGAACACAUGGAGUUAUUGUUGUUUAUGAUGUUACUAGUGGCGACUCUUUUGCGAAUGUCAAAAGAUGGCUCCAUGAAAUAGAGCACAACUGCGAUAUCGUUAACAGGGUUUUAGUUGGCAAUAAAAAUGAUGCUCCUAAUCAUAAAGUAGUACUAACUGAAGACGCUCAGAGAUUUGCGAAUCAAAUGGGUAUUCAACUAUUUGAAACUUCAGCAAAAGAUAAUAUUAAUGUUGAGGAGAUGUUUAUGGCGAUAACGCGUCAAGUUCUGCACACAAAAAAGGAAAGAAAAGAACGUCAGGCAAUACAGACAAAUGAAACAGUGAAUUUAAGAAAAAGUACCAAACAACAUAGGAAAAAAUGUUGUUAGCAAAUUAAAGUGUGAAUUUCUUCGAGAUUUUUAUAUUUAUUCAAAAAUUUUUAAUAACAGGGACCGUAUACUGAAAAAAGUAAUAAAACGGAUAAAUUUUACGAAGAAGUGAUCGAUAUGAUUGUAAAUGAAUGAAAUGUUUACAAGUGUCAUAGAUUUUUUGUGCUGAUUGGCUUCGAUGUGUUGUGGCAUUCUUUUAAAAAGAAUUAACGUAUUAUUUCUUGUAACGGUUUAUGUUAAAAUAUGAAUUCACAUACAACGUGAAUUGAUAAUGAAAAGAAAAAAAAACGGUUGAUGAAUUUUCUCAUCAAAUUAAUCAUAAACAAAAAUCAUAGAAUUCUGAACGAUAAUUUAAUAACUCAAAGAAAAUUUAUAACUGUCGAGCUAUACACGUAUACAUUUCGAAAUAUUAUUUAAUAAGACAUUUAGUUGCUAUUUGUAAAGUGUUAUAAGAAAAUGUUUGAGUGCUGUAAUAAAAAAAAUUAAAUCGGUAUGAGAAAAAUUCGUUACAUAAAUCUUAUAUGUACUAUUAACUAAGUAAUCAUUACUGUAAAUAUGUACAUCCAUUUUUAAACAUUUUACAAAUAGUAUAAUCUCUAUGGCCCCACUAAAUUUUUAGUUAAACUUCUGGCAAAGUGGCGGAGACUAAAAGUCUGUGAUAACUUUUUCAAUAACUCAUGAAAAUAAUAAUCGCCAUAUUUUAAUUAUUUCUGCGAUUUAACAUAUCAAUUGCUCAGACGUUAACAAUGUUUGAAAAAUUCAAAGUAAACCAAUAAAGAAAGUAUUUGUAGUCAUAUCGUUGCAUGUACCUGAAGCAACGACACAAAUAAUAACAACGAGUAUUAGGUAUACAAUUAUAUAUAAUUUCUAUCAUAAUAAACAGGAUUUUAUGUUUC